AUGAGUCGAUCCUCCUCGAAGUCUCCUUUUGUCACCGAGGCGAACGGUUCUAGCGACGCUCGCAAGCCAUCGGAGAGGGAGAACGAGGCCGACUCUCUGCAAGACCUGCUGUUCAACAACCUGGCCAACCAUGACGAGAAGCGAAAUAUCCAGCAGCAGCCCAGCAGCUCACGGACGGUGAGCGAGGAUGAGAUCAGGAGCAUCCGAGAGGAAGCCAACAGUCUGAUCGAGCAGGAACGAGCGGCCAACCGCCUGCACGUGGACCGCAUGAUAGAGGAGCUGAGAGGAGCUAAGGAUAUGCAGGUAAGGCUCUUGCUAACAGGGGAGAGCGAGCAUGCUCUCAGUCGUGCAGAGAAGAUCCCCAACAUCGAGUACGUCAAGAACAUCGUUGUCAAAUACCUUGAAACACGAGAUACCAACGUCCUCCAGAUCCUCUGCACAUCCCUCCAGCUCAGUGACGCGGACGUGGCAAGGAUACACAGCGGUCAAGCUCCGAAGGGGAUGUUAUCUUGGUUGGGCUAA